CCCCUUAUCUCUCUCUCUCUCUCUCUUACAGAUGCAGAUUCUCUAACCACUAGCUGAUCUUUCUCUUAUCAUCAACAUCCAAAGAUGAAAAAAAUUGAUAUCUUCUGUGCUUCUCAAGCUUCUACAGCUAUUUGCGUGAGCAUGAAUCAACCCUCCUCCUCCUCCUCCUCUUCCUUGCCACCCAUCAUUCCACUCGGCGGCCGAGCUAUUGACCGUCACAAUCCCAUAAUCAGAGACCAGAAAAGAACUCCCAGAGCACUCACAUUAGCUCCCUGUACUUCUCAAUCUCCACCCAUCAAUCCCCAACCUUACCAUCUUCUUCACAAGACCGAAAAUGAUCCUGCAGAAGCAGCUAGCAAAAAGACAAAAAAUGAUCAAGCCAAGAAUAAAAGCUCAAGAAAGCUAAAAGAGAGAAAAGACAAGAAAAGCUCUUCUAAGGCAGCUGGCGAUGAUGUUGCUCAUAAGAAGGAUUCUUCUUCUUCUUCUUCUUCUUCUUCUUCUUCUUCUUCUUCUACUCAUGUGGGUAAUAAAGAAGAUGACAUUGUAAGGAAGAGCUCGGCAAAGCGUGGUGAUUUUAUCAUCCCACCUGAAUCAUCUAGAUAUCUUUUGAGCGAAAAGGAUUUUCUUGAUGGGUUAUCGGAUUAUGAUCCAGUUUUGGCAUUGGUUCCUACUGAACCCAAUAUGCCAUCAUCAGCUCAAGCUAAUUCCAAGCAACAAGAGUCUAUUUCAAAACCAUCUUCAAAUUCCAACUCUGAGAGGCCAUCAAACCAGGUUGUGGUUUUGAGAGUGUCACUGCACUGCAGAGGCUGUGAAGGAAAAGUGAGGAAACAUCUAUCUAGAAUGGAAGGUGUGAGAUCGUACAGCAUAGAUUUUGCAGCAAAGAAGGUGACAAUUGUAGGAGAUGUGACACCAUUAGGUGUGCUUGCGAGUGUAUCAAAGGUGAAGAAUGCCCAAUUUUGGACAUCUGCUGCAAACCCAGCUGCACCACUCUCCCAACUCAAGAAAUAAUUACUAAGAAAAAUUAUUAUUAUUUUUAUUAUGGCAGAACAGUUAAGUUUCAAUUUGGCGCUUGAGUUAGUGUAAAUGCAGUAUUUUAAAUAUGUAACUAGGAAGAAUAGCUGGAAGAGAAUCUUUGGUUAUUAGAAGUUGGUAUUAAAUGAAAGAAAGUCAAUUGGGCAGGGACCAUUUGGCCUGUGCCUGCCAGUUGCUAGUUA